UCCUCCCCAGUCCCCACCCACCAGGGCACCGGUCUCCUUCGUUGCUUCCACUCGUUCUCCCCGUACCUUCCUCUUAUCCGCGCCACCUACGUUCCCGCUCGAGAUGGGGGCAGAGCUGCUGCUGCUCGGCGGGAAGGUGUCCGCCGGCGGCGCGGCAGGAUCUGGCGCCGUCGCUGCGUCCUCGGCGGGAGCCGGACGGUGCGUGGCCGGCGGGCGGCGACUCGCGCCGGUGCAGCCGGCGGCGCUGCAAUGGCGGCAUAGUAGCCGCACCAGCACAGAUCAGAAGCCACCACUGCAACGCUGCGCCGCCGCCGAACUGUGGAGAGGAGACGCGGAGGACGGGAAGAUGGGAUUCGAGAAGGAGAUCCUGAAAGCCGGCACCGGCCCCAAGCCCGUCAAGGGCCAGAAGGUCACCGUCCACUGCACCGGCUACGGGAAGGAUGGUGAUCUGUCUAAGAAGUUUUGGAGUACCAAGGACCCUGGGCAGCAGCCAUUCUCUUUCAACAUUGGUCUGGGUUCAGUGAUCAAAGGAUGGGAUGAGGGAGUUAUGGGCAUGCAAUUGGGUGAAGGCGCCCGUCUUACGUGCACCCCAGACUACGCUUAUGGUGAAGGUGGCUUUCCAGCCUGGGGAAUUCAACCAAACUCCGUGCUGAUAUUCGAGAUCGAAGUUCUUAGCGCGAAGUGAUGUGCAGUGCGAUUCAUGAUGGAUCUAUAGAACACUGCAGCAUCGCCAUGCCUCUCGAUUGCAAAAAUAAUUGUAACGCCACAUCAUGUUAAGUGCCACAUUAUGGUGAUGUUCCAAGUGCAUCGAGUGAAACUUUUUGAACCCUAUUA